AUGCGACGUGCUUUCGCUCAGAUGGCCACAACCGUCUACCUCGCGGUCGCAAUUGCUUUAACACAAACACCGGCGUCUGCACUUGACAGCGAUACACAGACGCAAAUUGUGCCACGAGAGACAAGACCUCUGAGUGGUUAUAGUGCAUUCGGCUCCAAACCGGCUCUAUUAGAGUCGGUUCCUCUCUGGGUCGAGUCGCGGCCUGCUGAUGGGUUAAACUUGAUAGGAAGCGACGACGGGACUGCUGGGUUGAUUGUCGGCGACACUUAUACUAGGAGAAGUGACAAGGAGACGGGCAAAAGUGGUGUCAAAGUGGUAAGGGACGACGUCUUGCAGGCAGUGGAUGGCUCUUUUGUGCCGGAUGAUGUGGUUGAUACAAUGGGACGAAAACUGGAUCACGAGACGCAGCCAGUUGAUUCGAUGCUGAGUGGCUCCACUGAUGCUGUUCGUCGCGGAGUUGAGUCUGUUGUUCUUGACGUGGAAAGAGGGACUGAUGCUAGUGAUUUGACAGUGAAGACAGUGACAGAUGCCGCCAAGACGGUCGGCUUAGCUGCCAACUUAGCAGGUAAUACGACUACCGGAAUGCCAGUGAAUCGUACUGCUGCUGACUCUGCCGUGGAGAAUGAAAUGUACAAUGCGUCAAAAGCUGGGAAGACGGGGAUACCUCAAUUAGAGGUGCGAGUUGAUGAUGCCGGGUCUUUGACAGAGGAAACAGUCGGAGACGUUAUAUCUCCCGUUUUGAAUGCGUCGAAUCCUGUAAAGGAUGUGGUGGCCAAUGCCUCUGAUUUGAACAGGAAGACGGAGAGCACUUUGUUGCUUGACGAGGUGGCUCAUGUUGUGAAUGGUACCGACGUUAGAGGGGUGACUGCAAAUAAUACACUGUUGAACGUUGUGAAGCCGGUAGUUGGUGCGAUGAACGUGUCGACGAAUUCUAGCGACCCAAAUGAUCGCGUUGUGGACGUGGUGACGAACACUACGGAGCACAAGAAGUUGGUGCUUGAUCCAGCUUCUGGCUCUAUAAAGCCAGUGGCCUCUGCUGCCGGUACGGUGGCCAAUGCGUCUGACUUGAACAUGAGUUUGACGAUUGGUGCAGCGGCUACAACAGCGGGGGGUAGAACGGAGGAUUUGAGAAGGAGUGAGAUGGCAAAGACGACUGAGUCUCGGGUCAAAUCUCCUGUCGUGAAUUGGAUCACAAACUCUUCCGACUUCAGACCGAGGACACUAGACGAUACAUCAUUUAAUAUCACGGAGUCAAUGGCUCCCGUUGUGAGUAUGCCAGCAGGCACUGCUGGUUUUACAGUCAAGACAGCGGCAUCCGAUGUGAACACGGAGGCUCGCACGAUUGCAGAAGCCGCGGCUCCCACGACGUCUACAGCAACGAAGACAUCGUCCGCACUUCUUAUCGUUCCCACUGCAUUCACUUCUACCUCAGAGAAGGAUGCAGCAACCCACGAUGUACGCGACAGGACAUCUGAGAGUACCGUAUCGAGGUUUCCGAAACCAGUCAUGCCCAGCGAAACUGGAGCUUCUGCGACUAUAAUGGAGCAGAUUCCAUCGCUGAAUGAGGAAGUGAAGGUAAAGCCGACCACCUCGCAUUUGACAUCGCCGACGGUCAUGCAGUUGUCAGACUUGAAGACUGGGACGAGCUCGGGCGAGAAUGACUCGGAUUUGAGCAAAUCUAGCACCAAGCGCGAGCAAAAAUCGAUCGCCGACGACAACGUUGACAACAACGAAUUCGGCAGUGAAGACUUCGAUGAUGAUGCGUUGAACCGCAAGUCAUUCUCGUCAUCCUCUUCUUCUGUAGCUGAUAUGGCGAAUGUGAUCAAAACGCCUUCGGUGACUGGUGCGACUUCAGCGUCGGAGCCUACUGAGAGUGACGAUUCUUUUGCUCCUACCUUCGCUGCUAUCGACGGCAGCAUUGGUUUGAGCACGAACAAGUUCAAUACCGCUGAUGCCUCCUCGUUGAUUGCAGAUUUGGCAUCCAUGUCGGCAUCGACAGAAGGCUCGGGUGUCAUUGAUAUUCCGACACAGGAGCCUACAAAGACAGCUGCAGGUUCAGCAUCAUUGUCAGCAUGGAUGGAAAUCCCUAGCGUCAUUGAAAUGCCGACAUCAGAGCAUGAGAAGACGGCAUUGCGUUUGGAUCCUCCCGCUGCCUUAGGACCAAGCCCAGUCGCGGCACCGGUGGCUGCAGUUGCACCGCAGGCACCGACACCGUCAGGCAGCAGUACCACCGAGAGUCAGGAGGCGCUGUCUAAACGCGCCAAGGAUGUAUCGGGUGAGAAUGGUGCAGGUACAUCGGCCUUGUUCGUGGUCGUUGGCGGCUUGGGCUGUGUAGCGAUAAGCGCCAUCGUCGUGUACGUGAAGAAGCAGAGCCACGAGAUCGGGACAGUGGAUUCUGGUAGCGAGCGAGCGUCAAUAUCCGCGGCAGCUGGAGCACGCAGUUCCGAGGGUAGCGUGUACAACGACCCGUUGGGUACACGAUACUCCAGCAUCGUCAUGAUUACACCUAACGGUGACGGUGUGUGCAUCCUGUAG